AAGUUGUACACUUCAACACUUGUACUCCACUACAACUGACUACUCCAGUCUGCACUCUGCUCUCCGGUUUCGGUGGUCUCUCAUAGUUUGACACUUUUCCGUUUUCCUCCGGACUCCCGAACUGCUCAGUUGCUGCAAAACGACUUACACUAAAUCUUCGACUUCGUAGUCUAUACUGUUAAAUAUUAAUAAAGUAAACAAUUACAAUGUCCGAUUGUAACGAAGAGGUCAAUUUGCACGAAUGCCUGGAACUGAUCACGAGACUCGCGCGGCACGCCGGCAAGAUUAUAAAAUCUCGAAUCAAUAAGAAAAAAACAAUCGAGACUAAAGCCAAUAAUUCAAUUGACUUUGUUACUGAAACAGAUCAAGAAGUAGAAAAGUUACUUAUUGAGGGAAUCAAACAAAAAUAUCCACAUCAUAAAUUCAUUGGUGAGGAAUCAUUUGCUGCUGGUAUUAAAGAAAAACUGACAUGUGCUCCAACUUGGGUCAUUGAUCCUGUAGAUGGCACUACCAAUUUUGUGCACAGUUAUCCAAACGUUUGCAUAUCUAUUGGUUUGGUUGUUGGCUGUGAUGUUAAGUUAGGAGUUAUCUUCAAUCCCAUAUUGGACAUGUUUUUCAGAGCAAUCAAAGGUGAAGGUGCAUUUUUAAACGAUGAACCUAUCAAAGUCAGUGGCGUUAAACAACUUACUGAUGCUUUGGCCGCUGUAGAAUUUGGUUCAGUAAGAACUGCAGAAUUCAGGAGUAUUGUGAACCACAACAUGAAUUAUCUAGCAACAAAUGCCCACGGUGUUCGUUCAGCUGGUUCAGCUGCUUGGAAUUUAGCUCAAGUAGCUAGAGGAGCUAUUGAUCUGUAUGUGGAAAUGGGUCUCCAUGCAUGGGACAUGGCAGCGGGAGACAUUAUUGUGAGAGAAGCUGGUGGUACUGUGAUCGAUCCGGCAGGUAAUGAUUUUGAAUUGAUGAAUCGAAGGAUAUUAGCUACAUCGUCAUCAGAGAUUGCUGAAGAAGUAUAUUCAAAAUUCCAACAAUAUUAUCCAGAACAUGAUUAAAAAAAUAAUUUUCAGCUGUUAUAUAUUAAGCCUUUAUCAUAAAUGAUGGUUUAGUAUGGUUUAAUGUUUUAUCAAUAUUUUUUAUAUACCAAAAAUUACAUAGUAGCAAAGAAAUUAUUUUAUUCAAUA